AACCAUCUUUUAAGUCAUGUCUUGCCUGAGAAUUAGGCUUCUCCCUGCCAAAAGAGCUUGGAAGAGCUUCACAGCCAAGCUUCGGAGAUCCAAAACCAAGCACAGUGCUGCAACUUCGAACAAACAUUUCUUCAGUUCGAGCCACGGACCUAGAAAGAAUCUUCAAGACAGAGAUUCCCGUGUUUUUUUCAUCCGUCUAAAGAGAGGUUGUUUCUUCAAGAAGAAACGCAAAGCUGUUGUAUACGUUGAUAAGCUCUUCAGUGAACCUAUGGCUGUAUCCAAUUAGAUUCCAGCAAAGCAGUGGAAGCCAAAGGAAGAAUUGUUUCCCGAGAAGGGAAUAGACGAAAGAGCUGAAGAGUUCAUCACUAGAGUGAAAGCAGAGAUCCUCGCUUCACGCAACUUGUAGCACCCAUCAUCAACACAAUGUACCAAACUUGAUAAGUAGUAUUCUUCUGUUCUGUGUAUAAAUAGAACAACUCCAACUAUUCUGUACAAAAUUAUUUGCCUUUAGCUAUUAGCUCGAGUAUGUAAUUAUUCUUGUAAAUCCUAUAUACUCCUUGACAAACA